GAAGAAGGAGGGCACGAGGGAGGGUGUCCUGGCCAUAAUCGGAAUUUCAGAGACUUAUCGAAGGAGAAUAUCAAGGAUUUGUCAGCAAAGUCCAGCAUACACGUCAAUCCCAUGCUGCUGAGUGUUCAGUUUCAGCGAUAGUCCCGUGUGAAAGGUUUCGGAUCAGAUUCGUCGUCGGACUACCACUAGGGCAGCUGCUGGAAGUGUGUGUCAUACGGGGUUCAAUUGUCGAUCAAUUAGCCGGAAAAUGGUCGCCUCGCUCUAGCCCGGUGGGGUAAGAAUUAGUUGAGGUUGUGAUCCUACGAUGGCAGCGCGGAGGGUUCUGCGGAGCAAUCGGAAUCUUGUUUCAUUUUGUCAUGCGAAUUUUCUCUCAGAACUUGGGGGCUUCAAUGGGAUUCCUCCCAGGAACUUUGGAUCGUUGAUGGUGUCGGAUUCGCAAUCGGCGUUGGUGAAAAAUUGUCGAACGGAAGUGGUUGAGGACGAUGUUUGGAGAGGAUGGAAUCUUGCUCGUGGAUCAUCUCGCUCUUACGGUUCUGUUUCAGCCACCUUGAGGCACGCCCCUGCUCAUCCUUUUCGUGGGAGAAUUUCCCAGAGGAAUUUGUUUCUAAAAUCGUCCCCCGAGCAUGCUGCUUUGCAAUACCUGGAUGCUCCUGAUGAAGGAGUAGUCGUCAUUUCGCUAAACAGAUCGGAGGCAAGAAAUGCCAUUGGCGCAGAAAUGCUUAAGCAGCUUCAUAGCAUUUUGGAGGGUAUGCGACAUUCAUCAUCAGCACGAGUGUUGAUUGUGGUCAGCACUGUACCAGGCGUUUUCUGUGCUGGCGCCGAUCUGAAGGAACGACGUAAGAUGGGUAUAUCUGAGACGGAGAGAUUUGUAGGCAGCCUUCGCUCGACUUUCUCUGCCCUCGAGGCUCUGCCCAUACCAACCAUUGCUGUCGUCGAAGGAGCAGCUUUGGGUGGAGGUUUGGAACUAGCACUCGCUUGCGACAUCAGAGUCUGUGGUGAUGAAGCUGUAUUUGGUUUGCCAGAAACAAGUCUAGCAAUAAUUCCUGGGGCCGGUGGAACCCAGAGACUUCCUCGAGUAAUUGGUCGAUCUCGAGCAAAAGAGCUAAUCUUCACUGCUAGGAGAAUUGAUGCAGAGCGUGCAGAAACCAUCGGACUGGUAGACCAUUGUGUUCAGGCCGGACAAGCGUACGACAAAGCCAUGGGUAUCGCUCGAGAGAUUCUUGCUCAGGGUCCGUUAGCAGUUCAAGUGGCAAAACAUGCUAUCGAUCAUGGGAGCGAAAUGGAUCAAGCCAAGGGCAUGCUUUUCGAAGAGGCUUGCUAUUCUAGAUUACUCAAUUCCAGGGAUCGACUGGAGGGGCUGACCGCAUUUGCCGAAAAAAGGAAACCUGUCUACCAUGGAGAGUAAAGACAUGCAGAAGCACCCAACCAUCCACAGAUUCUCCUGAUCAUAAACAUGUGGGUUAGGAGCUCCCGGUAGAAGCCACAUGAGAAGUUCAGAGCAAGUAUGGAACCUGACACACCUAUCCCUGUUUGACCGAGAGCAAAGUCAGGUCAAGUCGCUCGCAUAAGCGGCUUUCAGCGUUGUGCACAAUUUCCUGAAAGGAGUCAACCCAUUCUGCAUUUCCGUCCCUUGAAAUGCUGGAAGAGGCGAGCCAAAUGCUACUCAUCAUGCGAGUGUAGCAUAUAGUUCCUAGGUACACUUAUUAUCCCAAUCUGAAAUGUAAAUACGACUUAGUGAUAUUUCAGUAUUGUAUUCAUUAUGAACUGUCAGAAAUGCUCAAACUUCAAGCCAGGGCAAUUUUCAAAUGCUGCGGACAUCGAAAACUGCUCUUGUUUAUAGUUUCAGUAGACUAGAUAUUUCCUUGUAUUCCUGUCAUACGUAUGAGGCAGUAGGUGAUUUUUAUAUCGGACUUCAGGCAAAAACUGCCUCUUAACGUUGAUCAUCUAAUCUCGAAGCAGAAAAUGUCAAAAGAAAACUUCAACCAUAAAACUAGUCCACCUUCUG